UCGAAAUAGGCAUUCCAUAUAGUGCGCUGGUCGCAAUAGGUUGCUCUAUCAAUUAAUCUCGGAACAAACCAAAUUAAUGCGAAUUGACAACAAUGUCGGCAUUUGAAUUGAAAAACCUGAACGACAGCUUGGAGAAGCAUCUGCCAGCUGAUGAACUGAAGGAGGUCAAGCGGAUUUUGUACGGCGUUGAAGAAGACCAAACUCUGGAUCUGCCCGAAAGUGCUACCAAAAUUGCCAAAGAGAAUGAUUUUGAGAUUAAGGGAUAUCGCUUCAAUGCGCGAGAGGAGCAGACCCGUAAACCCCGUAUAGUUAGGGUUGGCGCCAUCCAGAACUCCAUUGCACUUCCCACCACGGCGCCCAUUGAACAGCAACGCGAAGGCAUUUGGAACAAGGUCAAGAACAUUAUCAAGGCCGCGGCAGCAGCUGGCUGCAACAUUGUUUGCACCCAAGAAGCAUGGACCAUGCCGUUUGCCUUCUGCACUCGAGAGAAGUUCCCCUGGUGUGAGUUCGCCGAGGAGGCUGAAAAUGGACCGACCACCAAGAUGCUCUCAGGGCUGGCCAAGGCCUAUAACAUGGUGAUCAUCCACUCGAUUCUGGAGCGCGAUAUUGAGCAUGGCGAGACCAUUUGGAACACGGCCGUGGUCAUCUCGAAUAGCGGUCGAUACCUGGGCAAGCAUCGCAAGAAUCACAUUCCUCGGGUGGGUGACUUUAACGAAUCCACGUACUACUUCGAGGGCAAUACUGGUCACCCGGUCUUCGAGACGGAGUUCGGCAAGCUGGCCAUCAACAUCUGCUAUGGACGCCAUCAUCCGCAGAACUGGAUGAUGUUCGGACUGAAUGGCGCUGAGAUCGUCUUCAAUCCCUCGGCCACGAUCGGUCGCCUAUCGGAGCCACUUUGGAGCAUUGAGGCAAGGAAUGCUGCCAUUGCCAAUAGCUACUUCACCGUUCCGAUCAAUCGAGUGGGAACGGAGGAGUUCCCGAAUGAGUAUACCUCUGGAGAUGGCAACAAGGCCCACAAAACGUUUGGGCCCUUCUACGGUUCCUCUUAUGUUGCUGCUCCUGAUGGUUCAAGGACUCCGAGUUUGUCUCGCGAUAGUGAUGGCCUGCUGGUGGUGGAACUUGAUCUUAACUUAUGUCGCCAGGUGAAGGACUUCUGGGGCUUCCGGAUGACGCAAAGGAUUCCUCUCUAUGCUGAGUCAUUUAAAAAGGCAUCAGAACAUGACUUCAAGCCGCAGAUCAUCAGGGAAACAUAAUCCAACUUUGAGACCUACUUUGACAAUUUGCUUUUGAAAAUAAUAAUACAAGUUAAAAAUUCA